AUGUCAUUAUUUUCAAAAAAAGAAUAGAAGAAAUAACCUACUCAAUAUUUGGAAUUUGAUUCACUUGCUGUUAAAAAGUAUAUUUAUGACUCAAAGAAAGCCAAUGAUUAGUCUAUAAAACAAGAGUAGUAUAUAAAUGAUUUAAGAAAAGCGUAUGAAUUCCAAAAAAAAUUAGUUAUGAUUAGUAAAGAGUUGAAAUUGAACCCAUCUUUUAAAAAGUAGAGAUGCUAUAGAUAGAAAGAAAAUAAUUAAUGGACGAAGUUGAACAAUAUAAAAUGAGUUAGAUGGAAAUUCUUAAGAAAUAUGAAGGAGAAUAUUAGGAUAAAGAGAAAUUUAUGAAAGAAUGCUAAAAAUACAAAUAAUAGAUUUUAGCACUUUAGAAGAUGUAAAUGCCUUAAGAAUUUUAAGAAAAAAAAUGUCAGGAAUUAAAAGAAUCUUUAUUUAAUACUAUAAAAGACAUAAUGAAUGACUUUUUGGAAAGUUAUAAUGAUUAAAUAGGAUAUGAAAAUGAUGAUUAAGGUAUUAAUUCAAAAUUAAUAAUAGAUUCUGCAUAAUUAUUUCAUGAUUUACUCUAAUAGAUUGAUGACUCAAUAUUAAUGUUUGUAGAAAAUCUACCAGCUUAAUCGAGUAGAUAAUAUUAAUCAGAGGAAGUUCAACAUCUUAAGGAUUAAAUUGAAAAAACUUUGUAAAUUGUAGCUAAUUUGCAAUCAGAAAAUUAAGACUUAGUUGUUUCAUUAGAAUCUGAAAAGUAACUUAAAGAUAAAAUCAAUAAUCAAAAAAAUACUUAAUAAUAAUUAGUUAGUCAAUUGUAAAAUUAAAUUGAGUAAAUAGUAAAUGAAAAAAAGACUAUUGAUUAAUAAUAUUCAGAAAUUUAGAAUAAAUAUUAAGAAUUAUCAAAAGAAUAUUAAAAAUUAAAUUAAAUUAAAGAAGAUGAAAAAGAAAAGUUAAAGAUAGAAUUAAUAACAUUGGUUAAUGAAUUAUAAAAAGAAAUAUAAAAGAUUUAAUAAGAAAAUUCUAGACUUUUGUAGUAAAUUGAAGAUAAAAAUGCUGAAUUUAAUAAUAAAAUAGAACAAUUUAAUAAUAAAAUAAGAGAUUUAGAAACUAAAUUGAAUCAUGAAGAAUUAAAAUUUGACUAAAAAUCUAAAGAAGUAAGAUUAUUUAUAUUAUAUAGUUUCUUAGAAAUGAAAGAGAAUUAAGUUAAUUUAAAUCUGAAGCUGCUAAAUUAUUUGAAAAUAAUAAUAUAUUACAAUAAUAAUUAGAUGCAUUUAAAGAAAAAAGAAAAUAAGAAAAAGAAAUAUUUGAUGAUUAAAAGGAUAAAUAUAAAUAAAUGAAAAUAUAAUUAUAAUAACAAGAAUAAGAAUAUUAAGUAAAAAUUACAUAACUUGAAGAAUAAAUUCUAUUGCUUUAAUAAAAAACUGAAAGUACAAUUUCAACACUAUUAUCUAUUAAUCCAGAAAUUAUAAUGGAAAAAGAAUUGUAAAUUUCAAAAUUAGAAUAAUCUAUCAUAGAGUAUUUUAUAUAUAUUAAUAUAUAUCAGAUUAACUUAAAAAAAUAGUGAAUUAAUAUAAAAAUUAGCUGAAAAUAAAAUAGUGAUUAAUGAUUUGAAUCAUGAAUUAGAAUAAUAAAAAUUGACUAAUCAAUAACAUCUAGACAAAAGAGCAUUUGCAUUAAGUGAAUUAAAUAGAUUAGAAUAAUAAAAUUAACUAUUAAAAUAAGUAUAUAUAUUCAUAUUUAUUUUAUAGAAAACAAAUGAUUAAAAUUAAAUUAUCAAAUAAUUAUAAAUGGAAAAUUAAUAAAUAUCCCAAUUUGUCAAAUCUUCAAAAUAAUAGCCUAUUCCAAAUAUGCAAAAGCAAAUACUCAAUUAAAGCAUUUCUAAAACUCCUAUGGUAGAACCAAACUAUUUAGAUUCAUCUAUGAUAUCUGAUGCUGAGAGUUAAACUUCAAAAUAGUCUAAACCUCCUUCCAUACUUAUGAAAGGAUUAAAUUAUUUGAAACCAACACCUUAACCAAUUUAAAAUGUAGUAUAUUUAUCUAAAUAUGAAAGUAAUAAGAAAAUUAAGAUAUAAAAAUUGCUGCUACUAUGAUACAUAAGUAGACAGAAGAGUUAAAAUAAAAUUUAGAAUAACUCUAUAAAUGUUUUUUAUCAACAGUUCUACUAUCUUAAAAUAAUGAGGAAGAAGGUAAAUUUCUUAAGUUUGAAAGGGAAAUAAAUGAAUGUUUGAAGAAAACUUAAGAUUUGAAUGAUAACAUUGAAGAUUUUUUGAUAUUAUGA